AGCUUUCCCUAAUUGCUAAAAUUCCCUUACCCUAAUCGAAUUCGAUUCUCUCACAGACUCACGACCCGGUCUCAGAAAUCAGAUUCAGAGUUCACGGCAUCCCGAUUCAGUCACGCACGCGGCUUCCUUCUCUUCUUCUUCAUCGUCCCUUCCAGCUGCUCUCUCCUCCCCUGCUCGUCGUUCCUUCUUCAUCUCAGGUUCAGAGUUCAGGUUCUGGGCCGUCGUUCCGGUUCUCUCGCUCGUCGUUCUGGGUCACCGCUGUUGCUUCUCCUCCUUUCCCACUCUGAGGCUGCCUCGCCAUUUCCAGUGAUCCUCUCAUGCUUAUAUGAAACUGAAAGUGUGAAAUCUAAAGGUGAAGCCGGGUUGCUCUCUGGUUGUUGCUCCCUUCCAGUCAUCUCAUCUCCUCGGCUUAUUGUAUCAGGCCUUAGUCACUGACAAAGUUAAACUUUUGAUGGGGGUGACCUCAGGCUCCAAUAUCAACCAGCAAUCGUCUUCUAAAAUGCUACCUCCACGCCAGCAAUCUCGUGUUGGAGGACUGCAAACUUCACUAUCCCUAGUUUCUUCAGAUCCUCGUCUCUCUCCUGAGGAACCUAGAUCAAACUCUGACAAUAUUCGAGAAUCUCCUACUGAAAGUGCUAGUUCACGAGAAACCUGGCCCACUGCUGAAGCUAUUGCUGCAAAAAAAAUGGCAAAUGGGAAGGCUGAGGAUGAUUGCCCUGAGCUGUCAGUCAUCCGUCGUGUUUCUAGUGCCAACAAAAUCACCCUUCAGGACAUAGGAAGAGAAAGGGUUGACAUAAUAUCUGAAAAGAUGCAUCGUCUACCUGAUGAAUUUUUAGAAGAACUGAAGAACAGCCUACGAGUGAUCCUUGAGGGAGGGAAUGGUUCACAGCACAGGGAGGAAUUCUUCACUUUGCAGAGGCUUGUUCAAAGUCGAACUGAUUUGACGGCCAAGACAUUGAUCAGAGCACAUCGUGUGCAGCUUGAAAUCCUCGUGGCCAUUAAUACUGGAAUUCAGGCAUUUUUGCAUCCCAACAUCGGUCUUUCACAACCUUCCCUCAUUGAGAUCUUUGUGUACAGGAGAUGCAGAAAUAUCGCUUGUCAGAACCAGCUUCCUGCUGAUGACUGUACCUGUGAAAUAUGCACCAGCAGGAAUGGUUUCUGCAAUCUCUGCAUGUGUGUAAUCUGCAACAAGUUUGACUUCGAAGUAAAUACUUGCCGCUGGAUUGGGUGUGAUUUAUGCUCUCACUGGACUCAUACAGACUGUGCCAUUCGUGAUCAACUUAUUUGCAUGGGCCCUUCUGCAAAGAGUGGUGCAGGACCAAGCGAAAUGGUUUUCAGGUGCCAAGCAUGCAAGAGGACUUCAGAGCUGUUGGGUUGGGUUAAAGAUGUUUUUCAGCAUUGUGCGCCAUCAUGGGAUGGGGAGGCUUUAAUGAGGGAACUUGAUUUUGUUAGUAGGAUCUUUCAUGGUAGUAAAGACCCCAGGGGGAGGAAACUGUGCCGGAAUUGUGAUGAUCUAAAGGAGAAAAUGAAAAGUGGAAUGGUGGAACCAAAUGCUGCAUGCAGUGCAAUGUUGAUGCUUUUCCAAGAGCUUGAGGUGGACUCCCCAAAGAGCCUUGAAAAUGGAGAAAGUGGAAGGAUGAUUGCUCCACAGGACGCAUGCAAUAGAAUUGCUGAAGUCGUGCAGGAGGCUAUAAGAAAAAUGGAAAUGGUAGCUGAUGAGAAGAUGAGAAUGUUCAAGAAGACUCGCUUGGCUCUUGAUGCUUGUGAUCGAGAAUUGGCAGAUAAGGCGAGGGAAGCGGCAGAACUCAAGAUGGACAGGCAAAAAAAGAAAUCACAGAUAGAAGAACUGGAGAGAAUUGUAAGGCUUAAAACUGCAGAGGCUGAUAUGUUCCAGCUUAAGGCUAAUGAGGCUAAACGAGAGGCUGAGAGGCUUCAGCGAAUUGCUCUUGCCAAAUCGGAUAAAUCAGAGGAAGAAUAUACAAGCAACUACUUGAAACAACGAUUGAGUGAGGCUGAAGCUGAGAAGCAAUAUCUCUAUGAGAAGAUCAAACUGCAGGAGAGUUCUCGUGCUUCGCAGGGUAGUAGUGGCGACCCAUCUCAAUUGCUGAUGUAUUCCAAAAUCCAUGAUCUGCUCUAUAGUGUACCUCCCAAGGCAGAUAGUCAGCCUAAUGAGCGUCACCCAUUCCGAACAAAUCCAUGAUUAUUUGUUCUGUGUAUGAAGGAAUAUCUUCUGUUGAACCAUUAGUCAAGAGUUAAUCAAAUCCCAUUUAUCUUCCUUCGGAUAGAGAAGAGAUCUUAGUAAA